ACUCGCAUUCGCAUUGACCUCUCUCAUCUUCAAGCUCUGCAUCCGAAUCUUACAGAGAUCUUACUCACCUGGCCUUCUAUCUACAAUUUUUAGUUUUGACGUAUAACUUGUUUUUCUCAUUAAAACUUGGGAAAAAUGAGAGAGAUUCUCCAUGUUCAAGGUGGACAGUGUGGGAACCAGAUUGGUUCCAAGUUCUGGGAGGUUGUCUGUGAUGAGCAUGGUAUAGACCCAACAGGAAGGUACACUGGUAACUCAGAUCUACAGCUAGAGCGUGUCAAUGUCUACUACAAUGAGGCUUCUUGUGGGCGGUAUGUCCCUCGUGCUGUGCUUAUGGACUUGGAGCCUGGCACCAUGGACAGUGUUAGGACUGGUCCAUAUGGGCAGAUCUUCAGACCUGAUAACUUUGUCUUUGGACAAUCUGGCGCUGGAAAUAACUGGGCUAAGGGUCACUACACUGAGGGAGCAGAGCUGAUUGAUGCAGUUCUUGAUGUUGUGAGGAAAGAAGCUGAGAAUUGUGAUUGUCUGCAAGGUUUCCAGGUUUGCCACUCAUUGGGUGGGGGAACUGGUUCUGGUAUGGGUACCUUGCUCAUAUCAAAGAUUAGAGAGGAGUAUCCUGACAGGAUGAUGCUGACGUUCUCUGUCUUCCCAUCGCCCAAGUUGUCAGAUACUGUAGUGGAGCCAUGCAAUGCCACACUUUCUGUUCAUUAGCUUGUUGAGAAUGCUGAUGAGUGCAUGGUGCUUGACAAUGAGGCCUUAUAUGAUAUCUGCUCAGGAUUCUUAAACUGACCACUCCAAGCUGUAAGUAAACAGGAAGAGACAGGCUGGUUCUGUUUUAGUGUUACAUUUUAUGUUUUAUUACAAUGCAAAUCUUUUGUGCCUGACAAAUUUGAUCUCAAUUAUUGUUCUGUUGAUUGGCUGGGUUGCAAGUUGCAUGCAGUAGCCAAAGUUAUAAUUGAGUAAUAACCUUUUACACAAAGUUAUAUUCUUAUUGGAUCCUACGCUUUGUUUUACCAGAUGUGGUACAAUAUUA